AUGAAGGAAAGUGCCGAAGGAGAAGAGCCAUUAUUGGAAGUUGAUCUAGAAAUAAAAGAGAAUGAGGUAGAAGCUGAAGAUUUGGUUGUGUCGGAACAUGUGACGAAAGAGAAGGAGGUUGAGCCAAAACCCACCAUUAAACUUCCUUUCCCUAAAAGAAAUAAGAAGAAGGGGCAGCAUGAGAAAAAUUUUGAAAAAUUCUUGGAGAUGUUCAAAAAGCUCGAGUUAAACAUUCCAUUCUUGGAGGCAUUGGAGCAAAUGCCUACAUAUGCCAAAUUCAUGAAGGACAUCAUCUUAAAGAAAAGAACCAUCGAUCGUGACCCUAUUAUUCUAACUGAAACUUGUAGUGCUAUUUUGCAGAGUAUGAAGAUCCCGGUGAAAAAGAAGGACCAAGGUUCCGUGACUAUCCCUAGCACAUUUGGGGAUCGGUCCUUCAAGAAAGCUCUUAUCGAUUUAGGAGCAAGUGUGAGUCUUAUGUCGCUGUCUAUUUACAAAAGGCUAGGAAUUGGUAAAGUGCAAGAUACAAGGAUGACACUCCAAUUUGCCGAUCACUCAGUAAAGAGACCUUACGGGAUAGUAGAAGAUGUGCUUGUAAAGAUUGAUAAGUUUGUGUUCCCGAUGGAUUUUGUCAUCUUAGAGAUGCCGGAGGAUGAAGAGAUUCCGAUAAUUUUGGGAAGACCAUUCUUAGAGACUGGAAGAUGUUUGAUAGAUAUAGAAGAAGGCACAAUGACUCUGAAGGUAUAUGAUGAGGAGUUAAAAAUUGAUGUUCGAAACACUAUGAAGUAUAAGGAUGAUGUUGCAACCAGUCAACAUAUUGAGGUAAUUGAUCAAAUUGUUAUUAAUGCACAUGCUUUGAAGUCACAACAAUUACCUUUAGAGAGGGUGUUGAGUCUAUCAAUUUUUGAUGAAACGGAAGUGGUUGACGAAAAAGAAAUGGAAGUAAUAGCAAUGAUGGGAGCGAUACCAACUUUUAAAGGCUCUCGACAAAACCGAUGGGAGGAUCUAAGGCAACCUUUAAUGGAGGAGAAGAAAGAUGAACCAAAAAAGGGGGCUGAAUUGAAACAACUUCCGGAAAACCUCAAAUAUGUCUUCCUAGACACCGAAAGUAAAUGCCCGACUAUAAUAAGUUCCCACCUUGAAGUUUUCCAAGAAAACAAGCUUGUCAAACUUCUGAAGAAACAUUAA